AAUGGACGAUAGUGAAAAGGCACCCGACACCACUGAUGGUAUAACGAGCGCCACACAAGGUGUCAAUGUGGCGCAUCCAAGCAGUGGAGAUCGGAUUGUCGUCGCUGGAAAUGUGGUCCUCCCCAAUCCCUACUGUUAUGGGAUGCAGGAACUGCCCAACGCGGCGAAUGAGCGAACGCGCGUGGCUGGGGUCCUGACGAGACGAACGAAAUCCAAUCGAAAUUCGGACGGCCUGCCGAAAGUCAAUACCUCCCAGCCUGAUUCCAUGGGUGAAGAUGUCCCUCUCUUUGUCCACCUCUCCCAAGGGCUCGCGUAUACUAUCGGCUCAGCGUUGGGAACGAAAGCACCUUCCGUCGAGACCUGCCUCGCGGCCUUCAUCGUUCCAAAUAGCAACGGCCUGACCGCCGGCUCGCGCGCAUGGUCGAAGCACGCCCACCGCUCGCAGCCUCUUCCACUACUUCCACCCGGCCACGACACGCAAGAAGGCCACAAUUCACCGAUCUCAAAAGAGAAACUAAAGCAAAAGAAAGCCGCGGAGGCCAAAGGUUGGUGGGGAAUCGCCUCCGGCCCGGUGGGCGUGAUCAACGAAAAGGCGCUCGCGCUGUUCUGGAGGGUGAUGAACGGCGCCAGCUGGCGGAACCUGCAUUGGCUGCCGCACCAGGUGCUGGUGUAUGAGGUUAGAGUGCCAGAGGGGUAUGGGAUACGGUGGUCGCAGGAUCAGGGCGAUCGGAAGGGGUCCGAGGGAGGGAAGGAGGAGAGGAAGGAGGAGAGGAAGGAGGACUGCCCGUGGAUGUUUAGGGGUUUCCUGGAGCCAACGAUGGAGGACGGGCAUGAGAUGAGGUGGAGACACCCGGUUUCCCCUUCGUA